AUGACGCCCGUCGGGGAUCACGGAGUCCAGAGGGCAGCGACUGGCCGCUCCGAGGGCGGAGAGGAGCCGCAGAGCCUCGGCCAACACGUCACGGACAUGGGGAAACCUACCGGGGCCUACAGCACAGGUGAGUGUGAGCGGCAGAGCAGCUGCUCCCACACCACCGAUGGCUCCCCUGGCCACGAGGCCCAUCCUGGACUCUGCACGGGCGGCUCAGCGAGCCCUGACACAGCGGGCCUGACUGUCCCUGACACCUCCCCACGGCAGAGCCACGUCAGACGGCUGGGCGCGGGGAAUGCGGCGGGAGCACUGGCUGUGUGCAUUGGCUGUGUGCGGGGAGCCGGGGCCACACGCGGCCUCGCCUCUUUCCCUCCCCCGGGACGGCGAGACGCUGCCCGGCGCCGCUUCCCCACCCGGCCCGGCGCUGAACUCCGGUCACCGGCACCCAAGGACGAGCCGCCGGUCGACAGUGACCUUGCCGGUGCCGUCGAGGGUCGGAGCGGGGCCGAGGCGCGGGCAGCGCGGCGGGGAACCCCCCCCGGCGGCAGCGGUGGCCGCGGUGACGGGCGAGGAAGCCUGGAGUGGCCGGCGGUUCGGAGCGGGCAGCCACGGCCCGGAGGCUGCCCCGAGCCGGACAACGACUCCCGCGGCCCCUCGGGACAAUGCAGGGACACGGGGGCGCGGAGAAGGCCGGGCUGCAGCGGGGCUUCCCCGGCGCUCGCCUUCACCGACAAAGCCCCGCGGCCGCUCCAGCCCCAACUCCGGCCCUGGCACUGCACCGGCCACCAGCGUCCCGAGCCCGCGCACCGCCGGGCCCGCCAUGAUGCCCGCACACCGCGCCGGACCGGGUCAGCUCGAGCCGGGCCUCCGGGAGCAUGGUGGGGCGCUGCCGACCGGGCUGCCAAGGCAGCGCAGAGCAGAGCGUCAGACCGCGGGCCGCGCCAGGAGCCCCCGCAGCCGUCCACCCAGCCGCCCGCCCCAGCGUUCCCUCCCGCCGCCGGGUACGGCCGGUUCCCGCCUGCCCGCGCCUACCUGGCCGGCCCGUUCUCCGGGCCCCUGCGCGGCACCAGGCCCGGCUCGGCGCCACGGCGUGUCCCGGGCAGCCGGCGAGAGCGAGCGCUCGGCCGCGGCGGCCCCUCCCCCGGCGGCGGCGGCGGCUUCUCCCCGGGCCGGGCGGAAACGGCACUGGGUACACGGGGAUCCCCGGCGCCGGCGCCAGGGGCGCCCCGGGCACGCCCACGCCGCUCCCCGUUGGCUGUCACGCCGCCGCGUCCCGCCCCACCGGGGCGCCCGCCGCCGCCAUGGCCCCACCCACCCGCCUUCGCCAUUGGCGACCUCCUCCCGCGGUCCCGCCCGUGCUGCCGCCUCAUUGGGCUCCAGGCACCCGCCCCGCCGCGCGCCCCGCGGUCCGCGUGUCCCAUUGGCGCACGGCGCUGCCACUCGGCGCGGAGAGGAGGGGAGGCGGCCGCCGGCAGCGUCGAUGCGGUGCGGGGCGGGCGGGCUGCGGCAGCGCCCGCCGGGCGAGCCGCGCUACGUGCCGAGGGGCGGGGCCGGCGGGGUGCGAUCGCUCGGCGCGGGGCAACUCCCGCGUCGGGACACGUGGCAGAACGAAGGGGCGGGGCGGGGGGCGGCCGGGAGGUCUGGGCGGAGGGGGGAGCAGGGCGCCUGCGCGGCGGCGCGCGCGCGGGGCCUGCCGCGCGGCACGUCCGCGCGCGCGGGUGUCGGCGGGGGGGAGGCUGGGCCAGGGGUCCCGUCACGGCUGAGACCGCCCCUCCUCGGGCCGGGCCGGCCGGUCCCCGACCCUGGAGCCCCGAACAAAGGCCGCGGGACAGGGAGGCGGAGGGAUGGCCCCUCCGCGGUAGGAGGGGCUGCCGAGCCGGGCAGGAGGGGCCCCGGGGAGCUCGCUGCCCGCUCUCGGCCGAGGGGCUCAACCCGGUUCCGGUGCCCGUGUACCGCGGCUGCGGCCGCUCGCAGUGA